AUGACCACACUACUCUUUAAAGAAAUCCAGCGAAAGCUUGCAACUACACAGACCUGGGGACUUGACUCUCGUGCGUUAGAUGAAUGGCUAGAGAACGAUUUACACCAAUCUGGCAUUAUAUCCAGAACACUUCAAGACAACCAGUGCAGUGCAGACACUUGCAUCAAAAAGGAAGAUACAUAUGACAACUCUGUUUGUACUUCAGUCAAAGAAGACAAUACCCAUAAAAACAUCAAGACAGAGAACACCACCCCCGCCACCCCCGCCAAAAUUGACAACCUUCAGUCUCUUGGUAGUCUUGACGCCAAACGCAAACUUCUUGCGCUUCGUCCAGACCUACUUCCUCUUAUGAGGGCAUUAUCCUUCAUAGGUCAACUACAGCGUAAUUCAGACCAAAGAAAAUCAAUUGGCAGUAACACAAGUAUCACAACUUCAUUAACCAAGAGAUCGCGAAGCUCCCCAAGCUUAAAGAAUUCCGAUGGUUCAGACGAUAAUCGUGGUACCGCUUUAUUAAAGCGCCAGAGGAAUACUGAUGCUGCUCGCAGGUCGCGAUUACGUAAAAUGCAGAAGAUGGACACACUUGAAGCUAAAGUCAAAGAAUUGGAGUUCAACAACCAGCAAUUAAAGCUACAGGAGGCGAUCAUGGAAAGCAAACGCAAUGCUGCCGAACUCAAAGCAAGACAGACCAGAGAACGAGUUCUUGCGUUAGAGGCCCAACUAGCAGAGAGUCAUCAAACGUUAAUCAGAGGCUUCAAAAAGGAGGAUGUCGAUCCAAUUUCUGAAGCUGAUGGUCAAAAUUAUGCUGAUAAGGCUUAGGUGCUGCUGCUGCUGUUGCUGCUGUGU